UUCUUUGUUUUUUUAUUUCCCAAACACCAAUCAUAUUCAUAUUCAUAUUCUACUCUUUUUCAAUAUUAAAUAUAACCCCCAACCCAUUUUAAUAUUAACUAAUUACCCAAAUAUCAUGAAAGGUGAAUAUCUAGACCAACACCUUCAUCACCCUAAACAUGAUUCCUCCCAUAUCUUCUCCAAACUCCACCCCCACCACCACCACCCUCCGCCUCCUCUCCCCUUCUCCGCCCACUUCCAACUCUCCCGCGACUCCGAAGAUGACGAUACUAGAAGCACCGGCGCUGCCAACCCCGUCACUCCUAUAACCGCCGCCAAGCUUAACGAACCCCCCAACAGCACGGAUAGUGGUACUAUUGAGGUAGUCCGGCGGCCCAGAGGUAGGCCGCCGGGAUCCAAGAAUAGACCUAAACCGCCGGUUAUUAUCACACGUGAUACUGAACCGGCUAUGAGUCCUUACAUUCUUGAAGUACCUGGCGGUUGUGAUGUAGUGGAAGCAAUAUCACGGUUCUGUCGCCGGAAGAAUAUUGGAAUAUGUGUUCUGACAGGAUCUGGAACCGUAGCUAAUGUAACCCUACGGCAGCCGUCGACUACUCCUGGUUCUACUAUUACUUUUCACGGUAGAUUUGAUAUUUUAUCUAUUUCUGCGACUUUUAUGCCUCAAACGGUGUCGUAUCCUGUCCCGAAUACUUUCACUCUUUCUUUAGCGGGUCCUCAAGGUCAGAUCGUUGGUGGGUUAGUUGCUGGGAGUCUGGUGGCGGCUGGUACGGUUUAUAUCAUUGCGGCUACGUUUAAUAACCCGAGUUAUCAUCGGCUACCUAUUGAUGAUGAAGGGAGAAAUUCUGAGUCCGCUGCAGCUGGUGGAGGUGGUGGUGGUGGUAGUGGUGAAGCUCAAUCGCCAGCUAUUUCUGGGGCUAAUGGAGGAGAUAGUGGCGGAGGGAUGGUUAUGUAUAGUAGUCAUUUGCCUUCUGAUGUAAUUUGGGCACCUACUGCUAGGCCACCACCACCGCCUUAUUGAGAUUAGUCAGAGUUUUACUGUGAAUUACUUUAAGACUUUUUAUUUUAUUUUAUUUUUCUUUUUUCUUGUAGGUGUUUCUAGAAAUCAUCAUCAUUUUCUCGUUAAUCUAAGUUCUGUUGCUAAUCUUAAUAUAAUUAACUUCAUUGCA